AUGGUGCACAGACGCCGGCACAGCCGCUCCUCGACCAAUAUGGCCCCCGCCACCAGUCUGACCCCGCUCCUCCUGCGCAAGUCGAGGAAGACUGCGCUCAGCAGACUGCUCGUCCACCAGCAGCAUGCCGCCGAGCCUGCCCCGCUCCUCCCGCCGAAGCGCCCGCUCUUCUCCGACGGCUUGCUGCGUGUCCCCGGCAGCCAGGCUCUUCGCAGGCCCCGCAUCAGCCGGUCCGGGCCGCCCCCCGCCGGCAGCUCCUCCGGCGCGGCCUCCUGCAACCAGCCCGCCGUCGGCCCACCCAGCCAAUUCUCCGUCUGCCUCAGCCGAUCCUCCUCCGCCCUCCCCAACGCCUCCCCGCUCUCCCUCUGGCAAUCCGCCGCCGGCGGCUAUUCGUUCCAGUUCAACAAACGCUCCCCCUCCUCCUCCUCAUUGAGAUCCACCAAUCUCUCGUUCUACUCCGCACAGGAAUCCUUGUACGACCACCAUCCUCCCCUCGACGCCGUCCCCGUCAUCUCCAAAGACUUCAUCCUCCCCCCAGAGUACAAGCACGACCACCCGCAAGCCCGUUCUCGCCCCAGUUCCUCCAGACGCUCUGCACCCUCAGACCCAUCGCCACCAUCCGAUCCGGCCACCACUGACGAGUCCUCCUUCUAUUGUCGCGGACUCUCAAGCUCCCAAAUCAUCCAGGCCGACUCCAACUCCCAGCCAAGCGACCCAGCCCGCUCCCAAGUCUCCCAUACCGACUCUAGCUCCCAAUCCAGCGAUCAAGCCCGCUCUCAACAGCCCAGCGAGUCUCAGUCGAGCGAUCGCGGAGCACCAGCAGCAUCGGACUCGGCCAUCAGUCAACACGAUUCGAAGGAGGUGAAGGAGGAGGGUGAUAACCAUCAUGAGGCCAGCUUCGAAGUCACUCGCAGACCCGUCUCCCAUUCCCAAGACGAACUGGUGAUCAACAUCAAAAAACGAGCAUCAGCCAACAACUCUGACCACAACCCAUCACCAAGAACCGCUGGCCCACCUGAGCCGGAGUCUGUCUCAACACUCAUCCCCCAUCACACCCAUCUCGCCGACAACUCGGGGCUCUUCAGAUGUCCGUUCGUCAGAAGGAUGGCCGCCAACCUCGGCCCCGACUUUCUCAUCUUCAACGACAAACGCAAGAAGCUUCAGUCCGAGCUCCUUGCUAAAAUUCGCACCAAGUUUCAACGCGAUCAGCCCCACUCUCCUAAAAAAUCACCCCAAUCAUCAUCAUCAUCCCCACGUGGCUCUCCUACUCGCAGUUGA